AUACAACUCUCGUGACCGGAAAUUAUUAAAACACGGAAGUACUUUAUUGUUUUGAUUCUGCAGCCCCCUACCCGUUUUACGGUUAUGCAGCCCGAAUACGGAAUUUUGUCAAUAUAGACAUCUUCUGAGGAACCACAGCAGAUUACUAAAAGUUUUGUAUUGACACUGACUGGCAUUUGGAAGUGCUCUGUAUCUGGAGCCGCAUCAUGGUGGAGCCCACUGCCUCCGGCGUGUUCUGCAGCCGGAUGCUGAGCAUGGUCAAUUCUGAGGAUGUCAACGCUAUCAUCCAGGCUCAGCGACACAUGCUGGACCGCUUUGAGAAAACGAAUGAAAUGCUGAUCAACUUCAAUGUACUGUCCAGCAUGCGACUACAGCAGAUGAAUGAGAGCUUCUUGCUCCACACGCGUACACUCGUCGAAAUGAAAAAAGAUUUGGACAGCAUCUUCCGACGGAUCAGAAUGCUAAAGGGGAAGAUUGGCAAGCAGUACCCAGAGGCUUUCAGUAACAUCCACGAAUCACCCAUCUCUGUGGAUGACGAAGAUGACUUGGAACCUGCGCCGCCGAGCGGGGCCACCACUAUCACCACGGCUACCCCGGGCCAGAGUUCGGAUUCCUGCGACUCCAGUCCCGAUGUGGUUUCGCCUGCUGCGAGCAGAUGCUCCGAGGAGAUCUCCCAAGAAGCGCUUGACACGCCUGCCUCAGACGCCCAUCGCACGGCUGGCCUGCAGGAUGAGGGCCCAGACUCUGUGCCUGCUGAGUAGCAUCAUGUUGUGCGUGGAUAGACUUUAUUACUGCGACACAACUUCAAUGUUGUUGUUUUGUUGUUGUUUUUUUGCCACAGUGGUACUUUGAUUUUGGAGUGUCCCAUCCUCCAUUUUUUGUGAACCCCUUGAAUGGAGUGGGAAAAAUGAAGUAGGUAAAUUCUGUAACGUCAUCACAUUUGGGGAAUAAGAGCCACAGUCGCUAAUGCACUUUCAGCCGUUAAUUGGGCGGGACAAGAGUCACACACAAAUAGAAAAUAUGAACAUGCAUAUGGAAUUGCUCUAGGCCACAACUCAUGCCUAGACGUUUUGAUGUUAUUCACAAGGCCAUGCUCCUCAAAGGUACAUAUUAAUACGACGGUACAUUGUUGUAUUUGGCAUUUGCAAAUUCACUGAUUUUAUAGGGGAAACCGAUCCUCCAUUAUUUCUGAUAUCAAAGCUUUUAAUUGGUGCCAAGCAUCCAUGUUGAACUAAGGGGUGGGGCUUCAGUAGUCAGAGUAUAGCUUUGUUUAAUAGAAAAAAAGAUGUUUUGCCGCUAUCUUGUGGCAUCCACAUGCGAUUACAAAAUGUUUUUGUAAUUUUAGAUUACACUUGCAGAUUCUUGGUUUUAAACAGUACACUUGCUUGUUUGUCUUCAUUAAAACAUUACCGGCAUUUCAAUUCA